AUGUCGUUCUCAGAUACUUCCUCGGCGCUAUGUCCGGUGCCCGGGGUCGUGGAGCUGCAAGAGCUCCUCCGGAUGGUGAAGCAAGCACAGAGGGCAAAGAAUGACACUCGAUCCGCCAACUUGAAUGCGGCAAAUGCUCGUUUGGACGUCAAUCUCAAAUUAUUGGAUGCAUCGAUCAAGAAGAAUGAGGCAAUCAUCAAGAAGUUGAAGAUGGUGUCGCUGGAGAACAAGGACAGCAUUGUCUCUGGGAUCAAGCAGAUCAACAUGAGCAAAUUCAUCAGCGAGUGUGUUGACGCAGUUUCGGACUCCAAGAUCAAGAGUAACGAUGUCCCAGCAAUGGUCCAAGUCGUAUCGGUGCUUCACCAGCGUUAUGCAGAUUUCACCAAACAAUUGAUUCCCAAGUUGAGCUCAAUCUUUCAGCCGGUAAGAAAGGACUCGGCCACUGUGGACUCGGAAUCAGAUAGGAAAGAUCGCCUCACCAAACGCAGGACUAUGUUGAGGCUCUUGACUGAGCUUCUUGUUGCUGGAGUUUACACAGAUGGUUCCAUUCUCAUCUCGGCGCUGAAGGAGCUUAUCGCGCAAGAGUUGCAAGCUCAGCAACUAGAUGCCGGGGCAACAUUGUUCAGCAUUGUCUCUGGAUUCGUGAAAUACGCAGCUGAUGACUUGCUCAAUCUACGCCCUCAAUGGCAGAUGGAGGCUGAUGGUAUGCUCGAGGAAUAUCAGAAACGAAAAGCUGAAAAUGACGCUUCUCAACCAACGAGAGAGACAACUGACAACGACAUGCAAGAAUCGCCUGAAGAACCUGGUGAGCCCGCAGAAGAGGCCAUGGGCUCGCUAGAGAAGGAUGCUGAGUGUGUCGAACCUGAAGGAAUCACACCCGAAAAUGCUGAAGCUCCUGUUGAAGCCGUUGCUACUUCAAUGCAGUCAAUGCAGAUCACUGAUGCUGAAGAGAACGAAAAUCUGGAAGAGGUUAACUCUGUAGAACCGACUGAAAGCCCUGUGAUUUCUGAUGAACAUCGAGAAGAGCUUUUCAGCAUCCUCAAGGAGUACUACGAGAGCACAGUCAGCGUGUUGUUUGAAAUGCAUUCCUCAUUGAAACAGCAAGAAAAGGAAAAUCGCAGGCAGCUGACUCUCCGAGGUGAUUUACCUGAAGAUUGCAUGAAAGCGACAGAGAAAAAACGAGCUGAUCUUGAAAAGGCGCUGAGCAACACAAAGACUCUCUCCGAAGCACUUCAGGUGGAGAUGCCUGAGUUGCCCAAAGACCCGGAGGACACAACUCGAUUGGGAGGAGGAGCUUUUGUCGUUGGGACCCAGCGCGAACGGGAAGAAGAGAAUUUCGAAGACAAUGUCUUCGAGGACAUGGAUACGCGAGAUUUCUAUGAAGAUCUGCCGAACAUUUUUGACUUGGUACCAAGUUUGAACAGUGAUGUCGAGGCCACCAAGUUAAAGAGUUCAAGUGAAAAUGCAACUGAAGGUGGCGAGGAAGCCAGCAAGCCAGCAGCAGACAGCUCCAGUGGAGAGCCCAGUAAGGAAUCCAGCGAGACUAGUACACAACCCGACACGGCCAAUCAAGAGGAGGACAAGGAGGAGGACGUAAAUGCUGCUGAGAAAGCCAAGUGGGAAGAAUUUCUCGCUCACUUGGCAACUUGUCAAAGUAGAGAUCUCAUCGAUCAAGCUGCUCAGACAUUCUGUUCGCAAAACAACAAAUUGAAUAGAAGAAAACUGGCUCGGGCACUCUACAACGUCCCAAGGACAGCGUUAUCGCUGAUUCCUUACUACGCCCGGUUUGUUGCUGUGUUGGCACCAGCUUUUCCAGAUAUUGGACAAAUGCUUUCUCAGAUGCUCGAGCAAGAAUUCAAUGAGUUCAUGAAGUAUAAAUCAGAAUCCAAUAUCGAAUCAAAGGUUCGCAAUGUGCGUUUUCAAGGAGAACUAUUGAAGUUCAAGGUGGCAAAGCCGCUUGCGAUCUUUAGCUGCCUGCAAGCUUUUAUCGACGACUUCGCAUAUCAGAACAUUGAAUUGGCUUGUAACCUUCUGGAGGUCUGUGGACGAUUCUUAUACAGAACCAAAACAACACACGAACGAACGAAGAACAUGCUCAAUACUAUGAUGCGCUUAAAGAACGCAAAGAACUUGGACAGCCGACUGGACACGAUGGUUGAGAACGCAUAUUACUUGUGUCGACCGCCUGAAAGAUCUGCUCGUGCCCAAAGAAAGCAACGCCCUGCUGUUCAGGAAUACAUCAGACAUCUUCUCUUCUCGAAACUCUCUAAGAGCACGCUGGAAUUUGUCAAGAAGCAACUGAGAAAGCUCGAUUGGAAGGAGAACGAGUCAUACCUCAUCAAAUGCCUGCUCAAGGUGCAAAAAAUGAAAUACAACCAGAUCUACCUGCUGGCCUCGUUGAUCUCGGGCCUGACUUCUUACCAUUCCACAUUGGCGGUCUACGUCGCCGAUGACCUUCUGUCAGAAAUGAGAUACCUGCUGCAAGCUAAUGAAUUCAGCAAGCAGCAGCGACUGCUAGGACUUGUCAAACUCCUCGGAGAAUUGUACAAUGACCUCGUUGUGGACUCUUCGAUCAUCUUUGAUGCGCUCUACACCUUCAUCUCGUCAGGGUCAGAAAGAACAGGCUACUUGCCCGACUCGCCCUCCGACUUCUUCCGAGUGAGGCUGGUAUGCUCCUUGUUGGAUACUUCAGGCCAUUAUUUCGAUCGAGGAAUCCCCAAGAAGCGGCUUGACCUCUUUCUUGCUCACUUCCAACGAUACUUGCUGGGGAAAACUUCGCUGACUAUGGACGUGGAGUUCACGGUAUCCGACACCUUCGAGUCCCUUCGACCAGACCUGAAGCGUCUCGACAACGUGGAAGCAGCCGACGCGAACAUCGCGCGACUGGAGAACGACAUGAAAAUGAGCCGCCUGAGAGGUCUGCUGGCACUGGAAGUUAAGCCCACGACCAAAGAUGAACCCGUUGAAUCCGGAGAAAACGAGGGAGGAGAAUCUGAGGAUGAGGAGGAGCACGACAGAGCAGGAGAGGACAGUGAUGACAAUGAUGGGGAGCAGCGAGUGGAGGACGAUGCUGAGGAGGACGAUGCAUUUGACUACAAGGACGAACAGGUUCAGGCAGAUGUUCUCUUGUCACCAUCUAACAUCUGCAUGCAGGCUGAUGAUGAAGAAGUUGUCGUUCACUGGCGGCCUCAGGCCACACAACGCUCGCUCGAGGACGAGGCCUUCGAUGCUGAGUUCCAGAAGAUGUUGCAGGAGAACCGAGCGGCGAGCGGGGGAGCUCGCAGGAGACAACUUGACCUGGGCAUUCCUUUCGACCUCACAUCGUCGGAUAGCAGCAGCGAGCAUCCUAAGAUUGUCAAGCAAGACGGAGAGUCUCAGGUUCUCUUCAAACUUCUGACCAAGAAGGGCAACAAGCCGUCCACCAAGGAGCUCGCAGUUCCCUUGGACACCACAAUCGCAUCAACGUCGCUGGAGAGAGGAAACGCCAUGGCUGAGGACAGAGAUGAGCUGAAGCGUAAAGUUCUGGGAUACCAGGCGCAGGCAGAUGGUACACAGCAACGUCCAUUCCGGGGUGGAGGUCGUCGUGGCUAUGUGAUCAGCAACUCGUUUGGCAGAUGA